AUGUUUAAAAUCAAACUAGAGCCUUUAAAAAGGUCCGCUUGGACUAUGAACGUGUUCGUCAAGUUUCGGAAUAAGUACUCGGCUCCCGGCAGCGUCGCCGUCAUGGGGAAGGACUAUUACAAGAUCCUGGGCAUCCAGACUGGUGCCAAUGAGGAUGAAAUCAAGAAAGCCUAUCGGAAAAUGGCUCUCAAGUAUCACCCCGAUAAGAAUAAAGACCCCAACGCCGAGGAGAAGUUCAAGGAGAUUGCAGAGGCUUACGAUGUCCUGAGUGACCCCAAGAAGCGAGCUGUCUACGACCAGUAUGGGGAGGAAGGUCUCAAAACUGGAGGUGGCUCUUCAGGUGGCUCAGGGAACACUUUCCACUACACCUUCCAUGGAGACCCUCACGCCACCUUUGCGUCCUUCUUCGGAGGCUCCAACCCUUUCGACAUCUUCUUCGCCAGCAGCCGCUCCCGAAUGUUCAAUGGCUUUGACCAGGAAGACAUGGACAUCGAUGAAGACGAUGACCCUUUCAGUGCCUUCGGCCGGUUUGGCUUCAAUGGCAUCAACGGGGUUCACCGGCGGCACCAAGAGUCGCUGCACACACGGAGGAAGGUCCAAGACCCACCCGUCAUCCAUGAGCUCAAGGUGUCCCUGGAAGAGAUCUACCAUGGCUCCACCAAGAGGAUGAAGAUCACGCGCAGAAGGCUCAACGCUGACGGCCGGACCAUGCGGACUGAGGACAAGAUCCUAAACAUUGUCAUCAAACGGGGUUGGAAGGAGGGAACCAAAAUCACAUUCCCCAAAGAAGGGGACGCCACCCCAGACAACAUCCCUGCCGACAUCGUCUUCAUCCUCAAGGACAAGCCUCACUCGCACUUCAAGAGGGACGGAACGAACGUGGUCUACACGGCAAACAUCAGUCUUAAAGAGGCCUUGUGCGGCUGCACCGUGAACAUUCCCACCAUUGACGGGCGAGUGAUCCCGCUGCCCUGCAACGAUAUCAUCAAGCCAGGGACAGUGAAGAGACUGCGUGGGGAGGGGCUGCCCUUCCCCAAGGCCCCCAGCCAGCGAGGAGACUUGAUCGUGGAGUUCAAAAUCCGCUUCCCGGACAGAAUAGCUCCUCAGACGAGACAGAUCCUCAAGCAGCACCUCCCGUGCUCCUAAAGCCCGGGGACUCCUCUCCAAGCAGCAAUACUCCAAACGCACGUGCCGCAGCACCACGGAGCAGAGGUGCCACAGCACUUUCAAAUGCAAAAACAAAAA